AUGGGAAAGAAACAAGUGUGCCCACCUCGUGCCCUCCCUCCAGUGCCAAGCCAAGAUGAAAUUCCACUCAGUCGUCCCAAAAAAAGGAAAUCUAAAGGAAAGACUCCAUUAGAUGGCAUUGUCCACGCAGCAGUUCGUCGGCAGUCGGAGAGCAGUGAGCCCCUAACUCCUGAGCCUCACGAUGCUCCUCAGAGAAAACGCAAGAAGAAGAAGGUACCUGCUGAUUCUGAGACCUCUUUUACUCAGCAAAAUGUUGCAUCCCUGUUUCAGAAUGGAAAUGGCAUGGAUGUCCCUGAAGCUGAAGAAGCAGUGAUCCGCAAACAGAGAAAAAGAAUAAAGAAACCUCGGCCAGCAGAAAUGCACUGUUCUGAUGAGCUGGAAGUGGAGGAGGAGGACAUCAUUGAAGAUGAGCACAGAAAGAGCCCAGACCAGCAGCCUGUGUUUGCUGCUCCCACAGGAAUUAGCCAGCCUGUUAGCAAAGUGUUUAUUGAAAAAAAUCGGCGUUUUCAGGCAGCUGAUCGUGCAGAAUUGGUUAAAACCACUGAAAAUAUCAAUGUAUUUCUGGAUGUUAAGACUUCAUGGACUACCAGAGAUGUUGCCCUCUCAGUGCACAGAAGUUUCAGGGUGUUAGGACUCUUUACCCAUGGCUUCCUUGCUGGGUAUGCUGUAUGGAACAUCAUUGUUAUCUACAUGUUGGCAGGAAAUCAGCUUUCCAUGGUUUCUAACCUGCUUGAGCAGUAUAAGACAAUAGCAUACCCAGCUCAAAGUUUGUUCUAUUUGUUGCUGUCCAUCAGUACAGUCUCAGCCUUUGACAGGACUGAUUUGGCAAAAGCAUCAGUUGCACUGAGGGGCUUUCUUACCCUGGACCCAGCAGCAGUGGCUUCUUUCUUGUACUUUGCUGCUCUUAUCUUAUCCUUAAGCCAGCAGAUGACUUGUGAUAGAAUCAACCUCUACACACCACCUUCGGAAAAUGGCAGCAUCUGGACUGCAGGUACAGAGGAAGAAAUUGUUCAGCCAUGGGUUGUGGUGAAUCUAGUAGUGUCUCUUCUAGUUGGGGCAAGUUGGAUCUUCUUGUCUUACCGACCAGAGCUAGACCACAGUGAAGAACUGAUGUUUCAUGCUGAUGUUGAGGAAUAUCCCCAGGGUGAUAUCUUACCCAGAGUCCAGCCAUGAGUGUGGAACCAGCAUCUGCAAAUAUUGUAGCUAUGACUGAUGGCUCAACAUGUUGUGUAUUAUAGCUAUGUAUUAUAAUUUUCA